GGGGCGGGCAGCGGGGCUCUGCCGGCGCGGGAGGGACCGCGGUCCAGGGUUACGGUGUAGAAAUGUGUGGAUUUCCCUGACCUCGGUUUAAGCACCCACACUCCUUAGUGCUCAGGAAGUGUGGCUGGGAGUGACGCCGGCAUGAUGAAUUUGUCAGCAGAAAGAGGAGGGUGAUGCAAACAAACGUGUUUGCCCAGAAGAGCAUCCGUUCGCCUCGGCCCUACACUGGAUUCCAGAACUCCUCCCGGCGCGGGGUCUCCAGUGCCCAUCGGAUUUUUACCCUCAAAAUAGCGCGACGUUUCUCGUACUGUUGACGUGGAUCCAGUACAAUGAUUCAGUAGACGCCCACGGAUCAGGCGGCGGGGGAGCCUGGCUGCUGAAGGAUGAACGGUGAGGAGGAAUUCUUUGACGCCGUCACAGGCUUUGAUUCUGAUAACUCUUCUGGGGAAUUUUCAGAGGCGAAUCCGAGAGCCAGUGGAGUGGUUCACGUGGACACCAGCAAAAGCAACAGGCUCGGGAAGGCCGGGGAGAGGCCUCCUCAGGAGAAUGGGGUUCGGAAGCACAGGACGGCACUGCCUGCCCCGAUGUUCACCAGAAGUGAUUUCAGCGUGUGGAGUAUAUUGAAAAAAUGCAUUGGCUUGGAGCUGUCCAAGAUCACAAUGCCGAUCGCCUUCAACGAGCCCCUGAGUUUCCUGCAGCGGAUCACGGAGUACAUGGAGCACGUGUACCUCAUUCACAAAGCCUCCUGCCAGGCCCAGCCCCUGGAAAGGAUGCAGUCUGUGGCUGCCUUUGCCGUGUCGGCUGUGGCUUCCCAGUGGGAGAGGACCGGCAAGCCGUUCAAUCCACUCUUGGGAGAGACGUACGAGUUGGUCAGGGAAGAUUUGGGGUUCAGAUUUAUAUCCGAGCAGGUCAGCCACCACCCCCCCAUCAGCGCGUUUUACUCGGAGGGCCUGCACCGGGACUUCCUGUUCCACGGCUCCAUCUACCCGAAGCUGAAGUUCUGGGGCAAGAGCGUGGAGGCCGAGCCGCGGGGCACCAUCACGCUGGAGCUUCUCAGACAUAAUGAAGCCUACACCUGGACCAACCCCACCUGCUGUGUGCACAACGUGAUCAUCGGGAAGCUCUGGAUAGAGCAGUACGGGACGGUGGAGAUCGUGAACCACAGAACUGGAGACAAGUGUGUGCUUCACUUUAAACCGUGUGGACUGUUUGGAAAGGAACUUCACAAAGUAGAAGGCUACAUUCAAGACAAAAACAGGAAGAAGCUCUUUAUGAUCUAUGGCAAGUGGACGGAGUGUUUGUGGGGCGUGGACCCUGGUGCCUACGAGUCCUUCAGGAAGCAGGAGAGGAGAGGCGACUCCCUGAGAAAGGACGACGUCCCCGAGAAGGCUGAUGGUGAUGUGGUGGAUGCCGUGCCGGAGGCGCAGGACACCGUGCAGGUCAUUCCAGGCAGCAAGCUGCUCUGGAGGGUCAACACCCGGCCCCCCAACUCCGCGCAGAUGUAUAACUUCACCAGCUUCACGGUCAGCCUCAACGAGCUGCACACAGGCAUGGAGAAGAUCCUGGCGCCCACAGACUGCCGCCUGCGCCCCGACAUCCGAGGGAUGGAGAACGGCAACAUGGGUUCGAUAGAGAAUAAGGUGGUAUUUCAAAAACCAGACAUGUUAUUUAAAAGCCAUGCGGCAUGUGAGCAACAGGGGAUUCAGGGCCACCGACUGUUACGUAUAAAAGAAGCAACAAGGGCGCAUCGAGCAGCACAGGGCGCGCAGCCAGCGCUUUGCGAUCAUUACAAGUGGAGCGUGACCUUUAGCAACUGCGCAUCAGUGUGUUGUCUACCGUAACUUACCUGAGAAAAGAAAGGAAAAAGGAAAAUGACGACUCAGGUUGAACUGAGGAGUGAAGGGGAAAGAAAGGGGAAUACACUGGUUUGUGGCUUACGGCCCCCAGGGGGGAGUUAAUGAUUCUGUCUAAACAGACACGGAUUGAAGGUUUUGUUUUAAGUUUCAGUUUUAACGAUAACCUUUAGAUCAAAAAUAAAGAGUUUUCAAAGCAUUAGAAUAAACACACAUUCAAAUAAAAAGGUCACACAUCAGGGAAGCCCCUGAUCCGGUCAGCCCCGCGGCUGUGACAGAUGCUGGUCCCACGCUGGCCCCUCUCUGCGAGGACGCUGGCGGGCCUGGGGCCCCUGUGCUCGCUUCCUGCACGUGGCUCGCCGUCGGCCAGGCAAUGCGCCACGUCUGUCUCGUGUCCCGGGUGUGUCCCGGUGGCUCCAGUAAAGGAAGUGCUUGUGGAGGAGGCUGAUGGGUGGCUCCCCGCUCCUUCCAGUGAGGCCGGUGGUGCCUCGGGAACCAGCACAGCAGUGCCCCCCAGGGUCGAAGGUCCGGUGGCCCAUCAUCCCUGAGGGAGGUGGCCCUGGGCUGUGCCCCAGGGGUCACCACAGGCGCCACCCCGAGGGGAGACGGGCCGACGGGCCGACGGGCCGCCGAGCCGCCCACCUGCCCUUGGUGUCCGGAACGCACUACCCGUCCAGCCCGCCGUGCCGAGGUCUGGGCCUCGCCGCGUCCUGCUCUCAGGCCUGGUUUCCUGUGAUGGAAUUUACGUCUGUGGUUUCCUCCCCUAAGUGCGGCUUCUCACCUGGGGUCGGAGAGGGGUCCCACAUGUGCUGUCUCAGCCCCGGCCUGCUCGACGUGCACCCGACAUGCCUGUCCCCUGAGUCCUCAC